UUGAACGUUCUAUACGAACGAAACUGGACGAGAUUGGUGCACGAGCAGCUUCACAAAUUCGAGUCGUCUAUAGUAGCAGCAGCGCGACAGUCGCCUGAAGCACAGUCCCCUGAGCUGACUUUAGAUAACCAGUGGACGUUUUCUAGAGCCCUAAUCUAUUGUAUAACACUCAUCACUACAAUAGGCUAUGGUAAUGUUUCUCCACGCACGGCUGCUGGGCGAGCAGCAACAGUGGCCUACGCAGCAGCUGGAGUGCCGUUGACUCUAGCAUGCUUGGCAGGCCUAGGUGCAUCGUUAGCUCGGCUCGCGAGGAUAGCGUGGCUCAAGGCAACUAAAAAUAAGAUGCCUAAUAGUUGGAGGAAGGAUGGUGAACUGGAAAAUCAUUUUCAACUACACGAACAACAACGUCUUCUCCCACAUCAAUCACUCAAUAAUCAGUAUACAUCAUUUCCACCUCGAUCAAAUAGAUAUACUGAAACCGUUAAGGCUAGAGCUGGUGAAAAAGGACAAUAUUCUCAAGUAUUUGAAAAGGCGCCAGCUAGUCCUAGAGCGGCAACAUUAGGUCGUGUGAAACGGAGUGCCCUUAAUGACGAACCUCAUUCAUCAGGGAGUCUUCAAACGCAGACAUUAGACAGAAAAAGAACUUUGAAUAGUACGAAGUGUAUGGCAACAAUACAUGGCCCAGGGAGAGGACGUGCAAGAGGCCCUAUUCAACGACCUCGGGGUGUUGCCAUAGAGCAACUUAUAGCAGAAGAAUGUGGGGAAAUCAUCAUGAAUAGCUGUCCAGAAGAUCUUGACGAUUCAGAAGAUACUGAUGAAAUAAUGUGUCCUCAUGACACACCUUCACGCGUGCCUUUAAUAUGGAAUGAAGAAAAUCAAAAAAUCAAGAGUUGUGCAGUUCCAAGUUGCAGCACAUCGACAAGCGUUCCACACCAGAGUCACAGCAUAGAACAUUGUCAAAUACCAGUCGGAAUAGUGUUAUUUUUGUUACUCGGUUACAUAUGUAUCGGUGCUGCUAUAUUUUCCAUUUGGGAAAAUUGGAGUUUUCUCGACGCAGCGUACUUUUGUUUUAUAGCUUUAGCGACUAUUGGCUUUGGUGAUUUUGUCCCAACCAGCUUCCUAACUUCAAAACAAAACGCUGAAAAUUCUAAAAACGAAUAUAUUCAAAUGAUUGCUUGUUGUGCCUAUUUAAUUUUUGGACUUAUAUUAAUAGCAAUGUCGUUUAGUCUUUUACAAGAUGAAGUCGUGGCGAAAUGCACGCAAUUAGCAAAUAGUCUCGGUAUAUCUCGACAAUGA